GGUGCCUGAUCAGAUCAGACAGAGGAAGGAUAGUUUUAUUCAUUUAGGUUUUUCUGUGUAACUUCCAUAUAAUGAACUUCCAUAUAAUGUUAGACAAUGAUGGCGUGGAACCUAUGGACACAUCAGACACCUCUUGGGGUUGGUAUUAUCUGGCAGAUUGUGGAAGGUGGCACCGGUUUGAGGAUUACCCCAAUGUCUCCAUUGACAGUGAGGUUAUUGACAGAUAUUAUCUAAGGGACAAGAGGGGAGUUUUUAAUAAAUCUACUUCUGGCUGCCGCUUAAAGAUCGAUUUUUCGGCUAUGUUGCUGACUGACAUCACGACAGGGAGGCAAAGACUUAUCCAACGGAACUUGAGCAUUGAAAGAAGUUGCUCUUGUUUCAGCGCCGCACCUGUUUUCUGGGAGACGAUCGACCCAACGUGUCCGUAUCAGUUAAUCCCGUUGAGUGAAUCCACCCCUGAGUACCAGACUGUGGCAAAUUAUGUGAAGACUGACGGGCUGUUGGACAAACCCAUUGCAUCAAUCAUAAGGAUACAGAAUUUGGAUCUGUGGGAAAUAUAUUGCAGGAAAAAGGCACAGUUAUCACGGAUUAAAGGUGUCACAGACAUUCCAGAGAGAAGACUGUUUCAUGGAACUGAUGUCAAAAAUGUUGACAGCAUUUGCAAGUACAACUUUGAUUUACGGUUAGCUGGAAAACAUGGCAACGUGUAUGGAAAAGGAAUAUAUUUUGCCAGACAUGCAUCGUAUGCAGACAAAUACAGUCGCACAGAUCCAUUACUGAUUUCCGGAGGAGGACUGCAAGGUAUCAACUUUGGAACCACGAGAGUGGUUUUUUUGGCUCGGGUGAUAAUCGGAAAACCUAUCAUUGGACAACGUCAUUUCAAAAAACCUGACGACAAAAGUCUUGAAAACUCUCACGACAGCUGCGUGGACGACGACCAGGAUCCCAAGAUUUUUGUUAUUUUUGAUCCAAAUCAGAUUUAUCCGGAAUAUUUGAUUCAGUACAGUUGAAGACACACAUGCAAACACGUCGGGAGUCUCAAGGAUUUAACGAUUUUGAAGAAGAAAUGUGGUUCAGAUCUGUGAAGAUUUUUUAUUUUGAAGCAGAAUUUCAUUCGUUUUUUUACUUCGUUCUAAAGCAUUUUUAUCGACCUUUGUCAUUUUUUGAAAGUUCCUCGGUGAAAUGUAAGUUAUUGAUAUUAUAAACAGAAAUACAGCUUUAAAUUCGAUACAUUUCUAACAGAUAUGCAGGCUAUAAGCCAACCUUACAGUGUUAAUGGACCUGCUGUUUUCCAGGUAACUGAAAACAUCUGCGUCCACUCAAACGUUUUUAUGACAGACUUUUGGAUCCUAACAGGCAGCAUUAAUAAGAGCACAUAUUAAUUGUAAAUUAAACCAAAUCAAUAACUUUUGUAUAUUUUUUUAAAUAACGUUUCUCCAAAUACUUCCUUAACAUAGAGAGUUGUUUAAUUUAAAAUACAUAUAUAGUAAUAUAAUUAUUAUUUAAGAAGCUUGUUGGAUAAACUUAAGAAACUUAUUUGCACCCUCUGCAGGAAAUUGAAACUUAACUCCCAUGAUGAGGCAGCUACAUUGUUUACUGCAGACUUCUCAAUAAGUGAAUGGCAUCAAAACAGGUGAUUUACAGUCACACCCAAAGUAGAUAACUUCUCUGACAACAUGUCAUGGAAUCUCAGUUAAACAACAAUUAAAUAAAGUUUUAAUGACUGGAUAAAAGC